UGUCUUCAGUGUGGAUGACGACAGAGGAUUUUUUUUUUUUUUUAAGAGCCAGAGAGAGAGUGAGAGAGAUCAACCUAAACAAGAAGCUAACAUCUGCAGGGAGGAGCUGGAUGGGAAAGGCAAUGCUGACAGCUGGGUUUGCCGAUGCCAAUUCCAGCAAUAUGAACGAGUCGUUUGCUCGCCUCCACUUUGCAGGAGGCUACCUGCCGUCUGACUCCAAGGACUGGAGGACCAUCAUUCCAUCUCUCUUGAUGGCUGUGUGCCUGGUGGGCCUCGUGGGAAACCUGUGUGUGAUUGGCAUUCUCCUUCAUGUCGUUUGGAAAAGAAAGCCAUCCACGAUCCACUCCCUGAUUCUGAAUCUCAGCCUGGCUGACUUCUCUCUCUUGCUCUUCUCUGCACCUGUCCGAGCUACAGCAUACUCCAAGGGCGUUUGGGAUCUCGGCUGGUUCAUCUGCAAGUCCUCUGACUGGUUCACCCAUGUGUGCAUGGCAGCCAAGAGCUUGACAUUUGUUGUGGUAGCCAAAGCAUGCUUCGCGUAUGCAAGUGACCCAGCCAAGCAAGUGAGUAUCCACAGCCUCACCAUCUGGUCAGUGCUGGCGGCCAUCUGGGUUGUAGCCAGCCUGCUUCCCCUGCCAGAAUGGCUCUUUAGCACCACCAGACGUCACGCAGGUGUGGAAAUGUGCCUUGUGGAUGUGCCAGCUGUGGCAGAAGAAUUCAUGUCCAUGUUCGGUAAGCUCUACCCUCUGCUGGUGUUCUGCCUUCCUUUACUUCUGGCUGGCUUUUAUUUCUGGCGAGCUUAUGACCAAUGUAAAAAGCGAUAUACGAAAACUCGAAAUCUGAGAGACCAGAUGCGUUCAAAGCAACUCACAGUGAUGCUGCUAAGCACUGCAAUCAUCUCUGCUCUUCUGUGGCUCCCAGAGUGGGUAGCCUGGCUGUGGGUAUGGCAUGUGAAGGCUGGAGGGCCGAUGCCACCACAGGGUUUCAUAGCCCUGUCUCAAGUUCUCAUGUUUUUCACCUCCACAGCAAACCCUCUCAUUUUUCUAGUUAUGUCUGAAGAGUUCAAGGCAGGCUUGAAAGGCAUGUGGAAAUGGAUGAUAACCAGAAAGCCAGCAGUUACUUCAGAGGUUCAGGAGGCGCCUGCUGGAAACACAGAGGCCCUUCCCGGUAAGGCUCCAUCUCCAGAGACCCAAACAUGCAUUCGAGACACAGACGGACGCGGCUCUCCUGACGACAGCAAAGAGAAAUCUGAUAAGGUGGUGGCUCCCAUCCUCCCUGACGUGGAGCAGUUUUGGCACGAGAGGGAUGCUGUCCCUUCAGCACAAGACAAUGACCCUGUACCCUGGGAACACGAAGGCCAAGAGACAGAGGGCUGCAAUUAACAGACUUGAGUUUCAAAGAAAAGCAAAUUGUCGUUACUGUGUUUACUUGUACCACUGCUUAGCAAUAUUGGUGAAGGAAAUUGCCAUUAGAAAUUGCAAAGAUUUCUGCUUUCAAACUAUAGAAUCUGGUAAGUAGAAAGGCAUGUAGUAAUUACGCUUCAGAACUAAAGUCUGUCUAAAGAAAUCAAUCGAAGCGCUAAGAAAACUUUCAGUGAUUAGAGGGCUCACAGUGGCUUUCCCCCAGGGUAUCCCUUAAAUCUAGCCCUGUUCUGCAGUGGCUGGAGUAGUUUAUCAGACUGAGCCAAUGUACUCUGUCUCUUCCUGAAGCUGCUACCCUCAAUGUACCAGCAAGUUAUAUUUCACCUAAGCAUAGCUCAAAAUCUGUAUCUCCUUUGGCUUUUUAAAACUGUAAAUUUCACUUGUAAAGUCUCUUCACUUGCUUAAUAAAUGUUAAUUGACAAAAAGUUCAUAUAA